AAUUUAAGAACCCUCUUAAGUAGUCACAACUCUCUUGCAUGAGCCUAGCAAUUCCAAAGAAUUUAGGAAUUCUAGUUGUUCUUGUUCUUCAUUACACUUCCUUUUUCCUUACAAAAUUUUCUCUGUUGGGUCUUUCUUCUUUUCUUUUCUUUUUUCUCUUCUUUUCAAACUGCAAAUAAAAUGUUUAUAUACUGAAAAGUUGAAGAUCAAAAGGGUUUAUUUGGGUUAUGGGGCUUACUGAGUUAUCUUUGGCUCCAACUCGUGUUUCAAAUAGUUCAUCUUCAGAAUCUGAAAAUAAUGUUUCUUCUUCUAGUUCAAGCAGCAAGAAGAGGAAGUUUUUAUCAGAGCAUCACUUGCUCAAGAGUAGUAAUAACAAUGGAAUGCCUUUCCCUAUCCAAACAAGCGUUGAUCUUCAUGUUAAAGAUCCUCUUCCUCUUGAUUGGGAGCAAUGCCUUGAUCUUGAAACAGGUAGAGUGUAUUAUCUGAACAGAAAGACAUUGAAGAGGAGUUGGGACUGGCCAAAGGACCAAAAGGUGGACCUUGAACUCAACAUUUCACCAUUCUCUAAUCAACAUCUCACCAUUCUUGAAGGCUCAAAGAAAAAGAAUGGUCAAAAAUCACAAUCAAGAACUAAUAAUAAUAAUAUGGUGGCAUUAGCUUGCUUGAACUGCCAUCUUCUUGUAAUUCUGUCAAGAACCUCACCUUCUUGCCCUAAUUGCAAGUAUGUUCAUUCCCUUCCUUCCACCCAUCAAGCCCCACAGCCUAAAAUCUCUCCUUCUUCUACUACUAAGUCACUCGAUACUUUAAGCCUCUUGAACUAAUUUUAAUUAUGUUAAUUUUGAACAUGGAAUAGAGAAGAAUUAUGCAGAAGUGGCAAAAUAUGGUGACUUUGGAUGGAGGAAUUAAUGAUUGUGGUUUAUAUAUAUAUAAAGAUUUUAAGCUAGUCAUGUUUUUUUCUUUUCUUUCUUUUUUUUUUAUGAUGAUGAUGUAAUUAUCAAAGAAAGUAAAUAGCAUCUAUGGAAGUUGUUGCUUGUAUUUAUAA